GCUCCAAAGGCAUUUAUUUUCAGGGGGAACCUAGCGUCUACCGAGCGGCAGGAUAUCUAUAUGAAUCUACAGUAGACGCUAUCCAAGAGCUCUUGUCGCAUGUCAUGACUCGGAAGCAUAUGAGUUGUAAGUGGUGCCCACCUAUCACAAGGCACCUGUGUAUGGUAAGCGCCUAAUGCCUCCUUUGCUCCGGACAGGGUCUUUGAGAUCGAAGAGAGACAAGCAAGUGAGAGACCCGCAAUCCAUCUUGAGGAGUGUCACCGAAGCCGCAAACAACUUUUCCCAGGGAAUUAUAAAUUGUCGAGACGCCGUGGUCAAGGAGAUUUAGAGAGAUACGAAGAAAUCGUUGAAGGAGGUCCACUUCAUUAGGUGGAACACCGCCGAAAUCAAACACACCGUCUCCAAAGUCAAGAUGGACGAGGAGGAGCAUAUUUGAUGCCCCAACAAGUGCAGAGCACGCAGCAAUUUAUUCUUACACUCGCUCAGAGCAGAGAUGAAGCCAAAUUGAUGUUAGUUGACAGUUUCCGUGAGCAGCAGAAGACAAACCAACGUAAGACGGCUGAAAUUGUGUCAACAGAGGUCCAGAUUAGUAAUACCGGAAUCGAAUGGCUCAUUGAGAAGCAGGAAACAGAAUCGGUCAUCGUACCAAAGUCAUCAGUGCAACAAGAAGCUUCCAGAGCGGUGAUUUCACUAAACCGUCUCGUCAAGAUCCUAAGCGCCCUGUUCCCGGACCGUAUACCAGCCCAGAAUACGGCCAUUGAUCUCAACGUGCUGGUCUUGAGACAAAGAAACCUGCAACAUAUUCUCCAGAACACUCCCCAGUUCGACCCCAGAGCCGAAAGCCGGGCGCACACCGCCCUCAACGAAGACAGGCCGUAUAAUGACGACUGGUACGGACCGUCCGGGAUGAUCCGGUCUCUUAUAGCACAGAUUUUGUUGGCUCUGAUAAAGAGAAAUUCCCUUGAUCUAGGCUGCCUCGACCGAAGGAGCUACGUCCGAGGACUUGAGCAUCACGAUUUGGGAAUAUUGUGCGACCUUCUCAGUGAUCUGGUAUGUCAAUUCGAUGCCGAAACGACUAUUUAUGUUAUCGACGGAGUAUCAAAGUUCGACGUCGACCACAACAACAUAUUCCAAAGGUUUGAGGUGGCGAUACGGCGGCUUGGAGACAUCGUCAAAGACGACGAGUUGGGGCCCAGGCUGAAGAUUCUCAUGACCGUACCCUUCAGAUCAUCGGUAAGAUUGAAGAACAUCGUAGACACCAAGUUUCAACCGGCUUUACUUCAGCAACUUUUGGCUCCCAACAAACUGUCGAUAGGUUCCAUCGUGUCAUCAAUUUUGAGCCGGUCAACUUUGCAAAACGCAGCCACUACAUCAAGCCUGCAGAACGACUUGCCAGAAUGGGGCGGUGGAGAUUACGAUGACGAGUACAUAGGAGACAUGUACCAUCUUAUCCUGAAGUAAUGGUAAAAUCCUGCUGUAGCCGUAAUAACAUGCGGAUUCAAUGGAUUGCUUCU